AUGUCGAGCCUUUGCAAAGUCACGGACUCUUUGUUCAUUAGCAAUUCCCGGUCAGCCUGCGCGGAGGAGCUCCUCACCGGGGAGGGAGUGACGUUCUGCAUCAAUGUCUCCCGGCAGCAGCCCUUCCCGACGCUCCGGCGGCUGCAGACGCUGCGGGUGCCGGUCUUCGACGAGCCCGGCGAGGACCUCUACAAGUACUUCGAGCGCUGCAGCGCGGCCAUCCAGAGCGCGGCCCAGGGCGGCGGGAAAUGCCUGGUGUACUGCAAGAACGGCCGCAGCCGCUCCGCCGCCAUCUGCACGGCUUACCUGAUGAAGCACCGCAAGCUCAGCCUCAAGGAGGCCUUUGAGACCGUGAAGGCUGCCAGGCCAGUAGCACAGCCCAAUGCAGGAUUUUGGUCUCAGUUACAAAAAUACGAAGAACAUUUACAUAUGCAGGAUCAGGUGGCUCCUUCUCAAAAAGAAACUUUAGAAUAA